UUGAAUGCGAUGCCGCCAGAUCGGAAGUAACUUCGAUUGGUCCGGCACCUUAGCUGGACAUUAGCCAUCCGGAACAGGUUUCGAAAGGACGUGCUGUGGGAAAAUUGAAUCAUGCUGACAAAGUUGGUGAUUGUGGCCCUGGUGGCGUUCGGACAGCUGGCUUUUGCCAUCCCUGUUCAAAAUGAGGAAAUCGAGGGUACGCAAUCCAAGUCCGAGGAAGCGGCUUUGUUGGUUGAAUUUGAUCGAAUGUUCAAUCAGUUGGCAUCUGACAUCAACUACAAACUGCGAGUGUAUCGGAUGAAUCAUACAGUUCGCGUUAAAAAUCUGAAUGCCCAGUUCAUCUCACGGUACGCGAUAACCAUUACCGAGAUCCAACACAUGAAACAGCACGCGAAGGAAGCUAUCUUGGACCAUGCACUGGAUAUUGGAACUCAGAAUCCUUGUAUCGUGGAGAAGAACGAUGAGGCAGUUCGUCGGGCUACGCAAGCUGGUAGAGAUUUGGCAGCAGCUUCAGAGAAAGCAUACAGCGAUUUGGCUACCAUCAAUCGGAUCUACUUUUUGCCCCUGGUCAAGCAGUUCCAAUCUUCGGCAUCCGAAUUUCAGUGGGUUACGACGGCCAAGGUUGAAGCCAACAAUCCGGUGAAUAAUUUGCAAACCAUUCUGCGGGAUUUGGCCUUCCACUACCAGGAUAACGAGGGCAUGGUCGAUCAGGUCAUCAGUGGCUUAGAACAUGAGUUGGAAUCGUUCCAGUAUCUGAUCAACAAUGUUCGUCGCGAAGUUUUCACCAAGAUUGACUACAUCGGACGCAGUUAUUUGUUCAACAUGGAACAGCUGAUCGCCGAAGCCUUGCGGUGCGAAUAGGUAGAUCCUCGGAAACGUGUCCAUUACAUUUCUGCACGAAACUUUGUUAUCUUGGUUGAAUAAAAGUGCAUCUCUGUGCGAGUGCUUAUUUAAAAAUA